CAGGUGUCGGUGGUACCCUCACGUAGCGUAGCGCACAGCGUGUCCCAUGGAAUUCACGACUGGCCCUAAAAUUUUGACGCAUGUCCACAAAGAAGUUCAGAUAACAACAUAUGACACGAAAUGGAUCCCGAGUAGUGCUCGCUUCGUCGUCUUAGGCUCCUACGCUCGUGCGACCGGCUGCAUCCAGAUAUACGAAUUAUCCGGGAACGACGUUAAGCUCGCGAAGGAACUGGAGACGAGGACGUCGUUCAAGUGCGGGACCUUUGGCGCAUCUGGACUCGCUGAACGGAACCUCGCGACCGGGAACUUCGAAGGAUACCUACAACUCUGGGACUUGGACCACGCGCCGGACAAACCAAUCAUGGAUAUAAAGGUGAGGACACAGAGGCGUGCAUACACAACUUUGUGGAUGAAGGCGCACACUUCUAUCGUAAACGAUAUUGACGGGAUCGGAGGACAAACGAAAGGAUAUGGCGCCCCUGAGCUUGUUACCUGCGGGCGAGAUGGCGCAGUUAGGGUGUGGGACGUGCGUCAAAAAGACGCCCCUGUAGCAUCUUUCGAGCCCGCAGAGAACAUUGCGGCUAGAGACUGCUGGGCUGUCGCGUUUGGAAACUCGUUUAAUGAUGACGAAAGAAGCGUCCUCGCGGGGUACGACAACGGUGACAUAAAGUUAUUCGACCUCCGGACAGGGACGGUUCGUCUUGAAACGAAUGUCGGUAACGGUGUUUGCAGUGUGGAGUUCGAUCGGAAAGAAAUUGCGAUGAAUAAGUUCGUAGUGGCUUGCCUCGAGUCAACGUUUUGCGUCUUUGACGCCCGGACGUUUCACCCAAGGAAAGGGUACUCGAGUGCAACAGAGAGGGUUCCAAUGGACGCGACUGUUUGGGGGGUGAGACAUUUACCACAGAACCGUGAAAUAUCCAUGGUCUUAGGUGGCGAUGGGACCUUGAUGUUAUACAAGUAUCAGUAUCCGGAUCAAAGGGUUGUGAUGGAUACAGACGGAGUCCCGCUAGGCGUUACUGGGACGAUGAACCUCUUGAACCAACAAAAUAUUUCAACACAACCUAUCAGUAGCUGGGAUUGGAGCCCAGAUAAGGAAGGUCUGGCGGUGUGCGGAUCAUUCGAUCAAGUGAUUAGGGUAAUAAUCGUGACGCAGUUGAAUAGGGCAUGAUCGCUGUGAAGAAUGUGGAUGGUUGACAAAAGUGUGGGCAUUCUGAUUCCAAAAGACGCGAGGCCUUAGUAAUUCAAACAAUACCUUCGAAGGUAGAACACAACUCACUCUCCACCAGUCACCACAGCAUUCAAAAAGUAUUGUCGCAGCAGCUGUGUUAGCAUUUCAGGCGUCACCUUGACGCUGCUAUCACUUAAACUCCCGCUGUCCCUAAAAAGUAUGCUCGUCAACCUCUGAAGCACCUCUGGAGUAAUCGCUGCAGUUGCUGCCGCCACAACGUACAGUCGUCGACAGAAAAUCGUGUGGUGAAAUAUGUAAAUAUGUGCUGUUUUACGGGUACACCUGCAGGCACCUUCAUGCCCCGGUAAAGCACGAACGAUAACGCAACCGAUAGAUACGAUUGCUUAAGAUGCGAAGAAGCGCUUCGCGCUCAAUGCACAGAGAAAUUUUAUCGUGGAAAGAUCCAUCGAGUUGAAGUGAAGGCAGCCGAGAGGCAAACUGACUGACAGACGGAUGGAAGAGAAAGUGCAGACUAGAAAACGAAUGGAAGAGAAACCUUACCGUAAGCUCCUCGGGCGUCGCCCCAGAACCUGUCACUGUUAUUACAUCAUUGCCCCGAGUACGGCCACGUUGAUCGCGCUCGAGUUUACGCUCGCUCUCUGCGUAUCUAUACGAAGCAGCCGCCUCGGCAGAAGUAUUUGACUUCGCC